AUGGGGGUGGAUGUAAAGACUUUCAAAGAUAUCUUAUCUAGGUUCGAGCUGUUGUGGAACUCUGUCACACUUCCCCAAAACGAUGUCAACCCCAACGGAGAGCCACAAGUUGGCCGUCGGUCUCUUGAUGCAGCCGGUUGUCUUGGAUUAGUUUUACACUGUACUCCUCAAGCUUGCAUUAUCUGGCCCUCCACGGAAGAAAGAAUUCAGCCUUAUGCAGAGACAAUCAAAAAGAGAUUCCCACUUCUCAAAAAUUGCUUUGGUUUCUUGGAUGGUCUGAACUUGCCCAUUUGUGUGGCUGAGGAUGAUGACUGCAUUAUUGCUUUUGAUCCUGAUGGAAAGAUCAUGUAUGCCAUAUUGAACGCACCAGGUUCAUGGCAUGAUUCUGCAAUAGCAGUUCCUCUCUACGAGCGACUCCUCAAUCACACCCCCGACGGAUAUAGAAUUAUAAGUGACACAGCCUUUCCGGGCAAGAGUCAACGGCUUCAGAGACAAAUAUUGGCACCGGUCAAGUGA